AUGCAGAAACUUCCACCAGCCUGGUAUCUCUGCUUUAACAUCUUCAUGUUGGGGGCGCUCCUUAUGUGCCAGGCCGUAUCGAAGAACUUCGCCUCUCUCCGCGCUUCGAGUACUGAACAAUUGUCACGCAUUGCAGCAUACUACCUCUGGAAUGGCAUCGGUGUGACUGGUGGUGGGCUUAUUGGCUAUGGGACUGGUAACAUUAAGGGCGCUUUAGAAUCCUGGCGUUAUAUAUUCCUCAUUGUGGGCGCGGCCUGCUCGUCCUGGGACCUUCUGCUAGCGCUGGUGCUUCCCAAUUCUCCCACCACUUUCUGGGGCUUUACUUGUGAGGAGAGACUGAUGAUUAUUGAAGCGUACCUCGACUAUAAGACAUGGCUGUUCUUCCUGCUUGGAGUUGUCGGCAAUAUUCCCAAUGGCGGAAUUUCCAACCCCUUGACCUUGGUGAUCGAAGGCCUCGGAUUCGGUACCUUCCACACGGCCCUACUCGGUAUACCGCAGGGUGUCAUCGUGGUGAUCUGGAUCGUGCUGGGGGCAAUUAUCGAUAACUACCUCCCGAGAAAUAGUCGUACGGUGGUCUCCGCUCUAUUUAUGCUUCCAACCAUUGCUGGCAGCCUUAGGUUUCUUCUUGACGCAAUACGUUUUCGAGGGAGUGAUCACCAAUCGAAGGCCAGAGUUGCCACUGUGAAGCCUAUGCAGGGCCACAUCUAA